GCUCUUCUUUGCACUUUUCUCAAAAUCUCAACAUCUUUCCUGUGAUGCGGUGACCAAAACUGGAUGCAGGAUUCCAGACGCGGCUUUGCUAAGGCUUUAUAAACCGGUACUAAUUUUGACUCUAUGCCUGUUUAUGCAACCAAGGAUUGCAUUAGCUCUUUUGGCUGCUGCCACACACGGCUGGCUCACUUUUAAGUGAUCAUUCACUAGGACUCCAAGGCCCCUCGCAAAUUUACCGUUUUUGAGCCAGAUUCCGCUUAAUCUGUACUUGUACCUUUGGCUUUUCCUGCCCAGGUGUAAAGCCUUUCUUUUCUCCAUAUUAAAGUUCAUUUUGUUGGAUUAAGGGCCCAUUGCUCAAGUCUGUCAAAAUCUUUUUGGAUCCUGAGCUUGUCUUCUGGGGUGUUGGCUGUUCCUGCCAGCUUAGCGUCAUCUGCAAAUUUGUAUUCCCUCAUCUGUCAUUUAUGAAGAUAUCGAGGAAUUCUGGGCCUAAGACGGAACCUUGUGGUACCCCACUGCUUCCCUCCAUGUAGAUGUACCCCCAUUAAGGACUACUUGUUAGGACUGGGAGAUGGGCCACUGAAUUCCAUUCGGACCCCUUGCCUACUGGGUUUGUCUGCAGUGGGAAGUCUCUGUGGGCAACAGAACAGAUGUCAGACCUGCCUCAACUUGGGCUUCUAACUAAAAACAAAUCUUAACUCCAUUUGUUGAGAAAAAGUAGUUUACCAGGAGACAAGUGAAUUGCAGUGGUGUAAAAGCCAGAACUGAGAGUUUGCGCCAGAUUUCUGCCAGUUAAAUUCCCUCUCUUGGUCAGUUCCCCUGUGUUUACCUCUUGUUGUCCACUCCCAUUUGAAUAAGGUGUUUUGGAAACGGUCACUCCGUGUGCUGGCAUUCUCCUCCCGGGGAGAGCACCAUGAAGACCUGUCCAGAGAAAUCUCACCGUUCAGUUUCACUUUCCCCUCCCGGCCAGUUUCUCCCGUGGCUCAUGGCAAGCUGGCAGUUCUGACGACAGAGCUUAAAGCUCCGCUUGGUUUCAUGGAAGCCGAAGCCGACGACGGUACUUUUGAGCAUGUGCAGAAGGCUGCUGUAGGAAGGAUGGGCACAGAACCAAGAUGAAACAUCACCAAGCCUCGGAGGAGAGCGCCAGACGGAAGAGGCAAGUGCUGCCAAUGUGGCCUCUGCCCUGGGGUCGUAGCACGAAAAGCCACAUCGUUCUGCGGCUGCAGGGAUCGCUGCCCCAUCGAGCUGUGCAACCCGGACUUUAAACCCCAUUAAAUCUCUUUGCACCGCAUGCAACUGGGGGGGGGGGGGCAGGGCUGUUGGGUGGGGGAGGGGCAGCCAAUCUUUCCUGCUGUUUCAGUAUUCUGCCCGCCGAAUCUUCCGGGCACCCUCUUCCUCCCCUCCCAGGCACCGGAAGCAUGCAGAAAUGCUGCCUCGCCCUCAGCUGGCCAGUGUUAGGUCUAUUGUAAGAUUGAGGUUUGGCUGCAAUUCACCGUGUCACAUGCCUCACGCAACCUCUUUCCCUGGGACUUUGCGAAGGGUCCUGGCUGGGGAAAGAGCCAGUAAGGGGAGGUGGGGGCUGUCUUCCCAGCAGCUCUGCCCUUGCCACAGUCAGGCAGAGGGGGGCUGGAGGGGGGGCAGCAGCAACAGUGGCGGCAGGAGGAAGUGGGGAGUCAGCUGCUCCUUGCGGGCUGGAAAGGAAGAGCGAGGUGGCGGCAGAACAGCUGCUUGCCUGUUUCUGUCCCCUGGCUGCUGCUGGGUGAAGCCCCUCUGCUUCAGGUAAACAACGCAGGGCACCUGUGGCCCCCAGGGUCCUCCCCCCCCCACAAGUGCGGGCUCCCGUUUGGACUGCGCUCUGCUACCUGGACCGAGGUCUGCAUUGGCUUGGGGAGCAGAGGGGCAGGGAGAGCCUUGGUCCGGCACACUCACCCACCCAUCCCCCCUACCCCUUUGCCUCUCUUGCCCAUCCUUUGGCAUGGCCGAGCGAGAGAGGGGAAUCUUUCUCUUGAGCAGGUAGGCACCUGGCCUCUCUGCUGCCCCUGGGAUUGGCCGUGCUGGGGUGGCCAAAGCCAUAUCCAACGCACCAACCUGGGCUGCCCCAGAGCCUGCAAGAUGGAGCUGCCAUGGCUGAAGAGUCCCCGCCAGAGAGGCCUCUCCUGAGAGCCGCCGAAGAGCCUUCCUCCUCCGCACACUCCCUCCUGAUGGCCCUAGGAAAAGUUCUCUUCGCUGCCUUGCCCGUGGCAGGAAUCGCCAUUGGAGCAGUCUAUCUUGGUCAGUGCCCCCGGCAGCCUCUCCUCCCCAUUUACUUGCUCAUCCAGGGUGUCGUUACCCUCCUCCUCCUGUUCCUGAGCUGUGUUCCCUGCGGGGACGGCACUGACCGGCCGAGCACGCUCCUCAACUGUUUGCGGGGAGCGGGGUUCCUCUUCCUCUGCGCCUGGUUCAUUGCAGGUAACGUCUGGGUCUACUCCAUCUACCCCCCUGACUACGAGCACUUCGGCCAGCCUGACUUUUGCCACCGGACUCUCUUCCUCUUCGCCUUGGGGGUCACCACCGCCAUACACGCGGCCUUGGCCGUGGCCCUGCUGCUGGCGCUCAGCAUCCUGGUCGGCAUCCUCAUCCUGAACGCCGUGGUGUCUGCCCGCAGGCGGAGGGGCUGCAGUGGGGGCCUGUAGUCGUCCUGCCCACCUUUCGUUCUUAGCUGACCUUUUUCUUAAUAAACUUCCACGUUGCUCAGCUGCCUCCUUCACUCGCCCGUCUCGGGGGAUGGUCGGGGCUGGGGGGGGAGGGGUCUCGGGGG